AUGUGCUCUUCGUUUUGUGCACUCUCCGUGCUCCUCGUGACCCUAUUCGUUCAAAAUGUGGUGGUGGAAUCGAAAAGUGAUCCAGAACUUCAUAUGACUACGCCCCAAAUAAUCGAACGAUGGAGAUAUCCAGCCAUGAUCUACUCGGUCACUACAGACGAUGGAUACAUUCUAGAAUUACACAGAAUCCCACAUGGAAAAACGAAUGUGACCUGGCCGAAUGGAAAACAACCAGUUGUUUUCAUGCAACAUGGACUUUUGUGUGCUUCCACUGAUUGGACUAUGAAUUUACCAGACCAGAGUGCAGCCUUCAUCUUCGCCGAUGCCGGUUUCGACGUGUGGCUUGGCAACAUGCGUGGUAACACGUACAGUAUGAAGCAUAAGAAUCUGAAACCAUCCCAUUCGGACUUCUGGGAAUGGAGUUGGGAUGAAAUGGCAACUUAUGAUCUACCAGCAAUGAUCAAUAAAGUUUUGGAAGUAACAGGAGAAGAGAGUUUGUAUUAUAUGGGUCACUCGCAGGGUACUCUCACAAUGUUCAGUCAUUUAUCGAAGGAUGACGGAAGUUUUGCAAAGAAAAUCAAGAAAUUCUUUGCCUUGGCCCCAGUUGGAUCUGUCAAGAAUAUCAAAGGAUUCUUGUCUUUCUUUGCGCAUUACUUCUCUUUGGAGUUUGACGGCUGGUUCGAUAUCUUCGGUGCCGGAGAGUUCCUUCCUAACAACUGGGCAAUGAAGCUUGCCGCUAAGGACAUUUGCGGAGGGCUCAAGAUUGAAUCAGAUCUCUGUGAUAACGUCUGUUUCCUGAUUGCCGGACCUGAAAGUGAUCAAUGGAAUUCUACUAGAGUUCCAGUAUACGCAUCUCAUGACCCCGCUGGAACUGCAACUCAGAAUAUUGUUCACUGGAUCCAGAUGGUUCGUCAUGGAGGUGUUCCGGCAUAUGACUGGGGGACCAAAGAGAACAAGAAGAAGUACGGACAGGCCAAUCCACCAGAGUAUGAUUUCACAGCAAUCAAGGGAACACCUAUUUAUCUUUACUGGAGUGAUGCUGAUUGGUUGGCUGAUAAAAUUGACGUCACUGACUACUUGUUGACCAGGUUGAACCCAGCUAUUAUUGCACAAAAUAACUACUUCACGGACUAUAAUCACUUCGAUUUUGUCUUUGGACUUCGCGCUGUGAACGAUAUUUAUCAUCCAAUUGUGGAUAUUUGCACAAAAGAUUACACUGGAAAAUAA